AUGGGAAGGUAUGGAAAUUCUGCUCCAGAUUUGUCAAAAAACGAGACAACUGUUAAAGAAACUGGAAUCAAUAAUAAAGUGACCAUUAUCAUCACCCGUUUGGACACCGAAAUAGGCAAAAGAGGAAGAAGCAACAAAGUGAUAUUUGGGUGCGAUAAAGGGGGAAAAUAUAAGGAUAAAAUUGAGACUCAAAGUGCUACUAAGAGACAUGGAUGUCCAUUCAAAAUCAGGUCGACUCCAGCAAAAGAUGGGUUUGGAUGGAAGGUUGAUGUAAAAUGUAGAGUUCAUAAUCAUGGUUUACCAGUUAGAUUAGAAGGUCAUUCAUUUGUUGGUAGGUUGACAACAGAUGAGAAGCAGUAUGUUGUUGAUUUGACAAAGAGACAUGUUCCGCCUAUACACAUAUUGAUUUCCUUGCAAGAGCGAGAUCCUGAAAAUGUCACUCGUAUCACGCAAAUAUACAAGCAUAAGAGUGUGAUAUAA